CAAAAUUAAAACACCAUUUAUCAAAUUGAAGACGAAAUCGAUCAAGGAUCGUUGCUGGUAUAAUCGGAGAAAACGGGAAUUAAGAAAGUUUAAGGUUUUAGAGAGACGACGAAAAUGGAUGCUGCGAAGAACAAGUACAGUAUAAUAGUACCGACUUAUAACGAGCGCCUCAACAUUGCUCUGAUCGUCUAUCUCAUCUUCAAACAUCUCCGGGAUGUAGAUUUUGAAAUAAUUGUCGUGGAUGAUGGUAGCCCUGAUGGUACUCGAGAAGUAUUGAAACAGCUGCAGGAUCUAUAUGGGGAGGAUCGUAUUUUAUUGAGACCUAGAGCUAAGAAGCUUGGAUUGGGAACGGCUUAUGUGCAUGGUUUGAAGCAUGCAUCUGGGAACUUCGUAGUAAUCAUGGACGCUGAUCUAUCACAUCAUCCGAAAUACUUGCCAAGCUUCAUCAAGAAACAGAUGGAAACUGGUGCCAGCAUAGUUACUGGAACACGGUAUGUUACAGGCGGUGGGGUGCAUGGAUGGAAUCUGAUGCGCAAGUUAACAAGUAGGGGAGCCAAUGUUCUUGCACAGACUCUUUUGUGGCCUUGUGUAUCGGACCUAACUGGAUCCUUCAGGCUUUAUAAGAAAUCAGUGCUCGAAGAUGUCAUUUCCUCCUGUGUUAGCAAGGGAUACGUAUUUCAAAUGGAGAUGAUUGUUAGGGCUUCAAGAAAAGGCUAUCACAUCGAAGAGGUUCCAAUAACUUUCGUUGACAGAGUGUUCGGAAGUUCAAAGCUAGGCGGGUCUGAAAUCGUAGAGUACCUAAAAGGCCUCAUAUACCUUAUGAUCACUACAUAGACAUCAGUAUAUAAUUAACCGGAGCGAAAAUUCUUACAGCUUGUUCUUAGAAAUUCCUUUACAUAGCCUGAGUUUUGAUUUCAAUCUCUUUCCUCUCUUUGUUGGGUAGAACACUAUCAAGUAUGGAUUGUCGGUUAACAACGAAGAAGACGUCAUCUUAAAAGUUGGCAUUUAGUUCGGAAGAAUUCCUUUCUUCUUUUUAAGGAUCUGAUGGUUGCAAUGUCUUAAUGGUCUAAACAUGGAAAGCUAAUUGAGGAAGUUAAAUAGAGAUGUUUUAUAAAUUUA